UACAAACGUUACCAAAAAAUAACGGUUAAACAAAUAAAUACUUUAAUAAAACUAAAAACUUGUUGAUUUAUAAAAAAAUAAAAAUAAUUUAAAUAAUAAAUAAGUAAAUCAGCAUGAGUGUCGAUGAGGAUAAAGAAUUUAUGGAACCAAAUCCUGAAACUGCUUGGCUGGAACAGACCACAACAAUUGGGGAAUUUAGAGUUUGGCAUAUUAUAGCAUUUUGUGUGGGCAUUUUAUUAAGUAUAGUCAUAAUGGUGUGCUGCUGCAUGAGAUUUCGAAUACCGCGCACCAAACAGGAAAUCGAAGCGGAUUAUCAAAGGAAACAGAUUACUAAGAAAUUUCGUGAAAAAUUACAACAAAUUAAAAAUUCAGAAAUGGAUGAUAUGGAUUUACAAAAAG